AUGAGUUCUGACGAUGAGGUAGUCAACUACUAUAAAUAUGACCCGAGCCAUGCACUCCCCGCGGUUUUCGCCGGAAUCGUGUUUCUGAGCUUGGUUGCUCACACUUGGCAAAACUUCCGAUAUCGCUUUUGGAAAAUCACCUUCUGGGCAUUUUGGGGCGGCUUACUCUUCACGAUAGGCUGGAUCCUCAGAUGCUUCAGCAGCUAUCACCCGGCAAAUAAGAACCUCUACAUCGCCCAAGCUAUCUUCAUCUAUCUGGCUCCACCCGUUUACUCCGCCGCUGCCUACAAUAUUGUUGGUCGACUGAUGAGCUACCUCCCAAUGCACGCCGUGUUCAACCCCAAUCGUGUCCUUCUCGUGUUCAUCUAUGCCGGUGCUGCUGUCGAAGGUAUCACCGUAGCAGGCGCAGCAAAGAACGCCGGUGCAGGAGACGACCUGGACAAAUAUAAAAGUGGCGGUGUCCUGAUUGCCGUUGGUCUUAUCUUACAGGCAGUCGUCGAAAGCCUGGUGAUCGCGAUUGUGGCGAUGGUUCAUACCAGGGCCGCCAAAGCAGGAAUAGUCCCUCGCAAUGUGACCAUCCUCUGCCUGACACUAUACGGAACUUCGACAUUGGUUCUAAUACGCUGUAUCUUCCGCGCUGUCGAGACUUUUGAGAUGUUCGACAACCUCGGCUGCACCGAAACUUGCGGGCCCAUCCUGAGCAAUGAGUGGUACCUGUUUGCCUUCGAGCUGGGACCCAUGUUGAUUUUCACAUUUUGGAUGAAUAUACUGCACCCCGGCCGCUACCUGGCUCGCGAAAAGACACGCUAUCUUGGACUUGAUGGUCGCAUUGAGCGGAUGGGACCUGGCUGGAAUGAUCGGCGGGGUUCGUGGAAGACUUCUAUCGACCCAUUUGAUUUUCAGGGAAUGAUGAAGGGGGAAGUCUCCUAUGACAAGUACUGGCUGAGAUCCGAGGAGUGGCCUAUCUGCAAAGACGGUAGCUUUGCCGAGGGAACUGCCUCGAAUGUGAAGUCGUUCCAGCCGAAUAAAGAGAAUGUUCUGUCCGCUUCUCAGGUCUAG